UGUGGCAGAAGGAGAAUACUGACCUGAGAUGGAAGUCAAAACAUCAUUUAACAAAGCCAGUAGGAUUCCUGAAACUGUAUCCACAUUAAUUAAUGAAGAAUUUGUCCUGGUUCAUCAGCAAUCUGAGGACACCUCUGUAAAAGAUGAAAAACCUCAGCUAAAGGUAUUUUCAAAUGGAGAUGAUCAGCUGGAGAAGGCAAUGGAAGAGAUACUGAGGGAUUCUGAAAAAGACCAGAGCAAUUUCACUGCUUACAGUGAUGCAAGCAGCCAGGCAGCUGGAGAUGGGUCAGCAGAUCAAACAAAUCAGCCAUCUUUGCACCUUGUUUUAGACCCUUCUACUACAGAAAUCUCUGCACCAACAGCAUCUUCUCCCAGUGAACCCCUGGAAGAGGACAGCGUAUUGUUUAACAAACUGACUUAUUUAGGUUGCACAAAGGUGUCUGCCCCUCGAAAUGAACUGGAAGCUCUACAUGCCAUGGCAAACAUGAAAUCCUCAAGUCAAGCCCCUUUACCUGUAACGCUUUAUGUUCCAAACAUUCCAGAAGGCUCUGUAAGAAUAAUAAAUCAAUCAAGCAAUGCGGAGAUAGCCUCUUUUCCAAUCUAUAAGGUGUUGUUUUGUGUGCGGGGACAAAAUGGGACUUCAGAGAGUGACUGUUUUGCAUUUACUGAAAGCAGCUGUGGAACUGAAGAGUUCCAGAUUCAUGUUUUCUCCUGUGAGAUUAAAGAGGCAGUCAGCCGAAUUUUGUAUAGUUUCUCAACAGCAUUCAAACGUUCUUCCAAACAAGCAUCUGAUCAUGUUAAGGACUUUGUUCUUCCUACUCCAGAUAGUGAUGUGUACACUUUCAGUGUUUCCUUAGAAGUCAAAGAAGAUGAUGGAAAAGGAAAUUUUAGCCCUGUGCCAAAGGAUAGAGAGAAAUUAUAUUUCAAGCUUAAACAGGGAAUUGAGAAGAAAGUGGUGAUUACAGUUCAGCAACUCUCGAACAAAGAACUGGCCAUUGAAAGAUGCUUUGGGAUGCUACUAAGCCCUGGACGAAAUGUGAAGAACAGUGACAUGCAUUUACUAGACAUGGUAAUAUUUAGCUCUGAUAACCUGCUUAGUAAGAUAGAGCUCUUUAAAUCUAAAAUUCCUAUGGACUGGAAUUCCAGUCCAUUGGCAUACUUACAAAUGAGUCCAAGGGAAAGAGAGAAGGCUUACGUAAUUACUGGAAUGUGGAAUCCUAAUGCACCAAUGUUUCUAGUACUUAAUGAGGAAACUCCUAAAGAUAAGCGUGUAUUCAUGACUGUGGCAGUGGAUAUGGUUGUUACUGAAGUAGUAGAGCCAGUCCGGUUUUUGCUGGAGACUGUUGUGCGUGUGUAUCCUGCCAAUGAACGCUUCUGGUACUUCAGCAGAAAAACCUUCACAGAAACUUUUUAUAUGAAGCUAAAACAGUCUGAAGGAAAAAGCCACACAAGUGCUGGGGAUGCAAUUUAUGAAGUUGUCAGUCUGCAAAGAGAAUCUGCAAGAGAGGAAGAAUUGGUCAGCCCAACAAGUGGAGGAGGGCCUAUAUCAUCGCAGGAGGAUGAGGCAGAAGAAGAGAGUGAUAAUGAACUCUCCAGUGGCACUGGUGAUGUGUCAAAGGACUGUCCUGAGAAGAUUUUGUAUUCCUGGGGAGAAUUACUGGGGAGAUGGCACAAUAACCUUGUUGUGAGACCAAAUGGAUUAUCUACCCUGGUGAAAAGUGGUGUUCCAGAAGCACUAAGGGCAGAGGUUUGGCAGUUGCUGGCAGGAUGCCAUGACAACCAGGCAAUGCUGGAUAAAUAUAGAGUUCUCAUCACAAUGGAUUCUGCACAAGAGAGUGUCAUUACACGAGAUAUUCAUCGUACAUUUCCAGCACAUGAUUAUUUCAAAGAUAGAGAAGGAGACGGUCAGGAAUCUCUAUACAAAAUCUGUAAGGCAUACUCUGUGUAUGAUGAAGACAUUGGCUAUUGCCAGGGACAGUCUUUCCUUGCAGCUGUGCUUCUACUUCAUAUGCCGGAGGAGCAGGCAUUCUGUGUGUUUGUGAAAAUAAUGUAUGACUAUGGCUUGAGGGACCUCUACAGAAAUAACUUUGAAGACCUCCAUUGCAAAUUUUUCCAGCUGGAGAAGUUAAUGCAGGAGCAGUUACCAGACUUGUAUAGCCAUUUCUCAGACCUCAAUUUGGAAGCUCAUAUGUAUGCAUCCCAGUGGUUCCUCACUCUUUUUACUGCCAAGUUUCCACUCUGCAUGGUCUUCCACAUCAUUGACUUACUACUUUGUGAGGGUAUGAACAUAAUUUUCCAUGUAGCCUUGGCUCUCUUAAAGACCUCAAAAGAGGACCUUCUACAAGCUGAUUUUGAAGGAGCUUUAAAAUUCUUCAGGGUUCAGUUGCCCAAGAGGUACAGAGCUGAAGAGAACGCCAGAAGACUGAUGGAACAAGCUUGCAACAUUAAGGUGCCAACAAAAAAGCUGAAGAAAUAUGAGAGAGAGUACCAAACAAUGCGAGAGAGUCAGCUGCAGCAGGAGGACCCUAUGGACAGAUACAAGAGGGAAAACCGCAGACUCCAAGAAGCAAGUAUGCGGCUGGAGCAGGAGAACGAUGACCUUGCCCAUGAGCUUGUAACAAGCAAAAUUGCCUUACGAAAUGACCUGGACCAGGCUGAAGACAAGGCGGAUGUUUUGAACAAGGAACUUCUCCUGACCAAACAGAAGCUAGUGGAGACCGAGGAAGAGAAACGGAAGCAGGAAGAGGAAACUGCUCAGCUGAAGGAAGUCUUCAGGAAGCAGCUAGAGAAGGCAGAAUCUGAGAUCAAGAAAACCACAGCCAUUAUUGCAGAGUAUAAACAGAUUUGUUCCCAGCUGAGUACCAGGCUGGAAAAACAACAAGCGGCCAGUAAAGAUGAACUGGAAGUUGUGAAGGGUAAAGUGAUGGCCUGCAAACACUGCAGUGAGAUUUUCAGUAAGGAGGGGGCACUGAAGCUGCCCGCUGUCAGCAUGGAGAAUAAAGGCAUAGAAACAGAUGAUGAGAAGGAUGCACUGAAGAAGCAGCUGAGAGAGAUGGAGCUGGAACUUGCACAGACCAAACUGCAGCUUGUGGAAGCCAAGUGCAAAAUUCAGGAGCUGGAGCACCAGAGAGGAGCCCUUAUGAAUGAAAUCCAAGCUGCCAAAAACUCUUGGUUUAGCAAAACCCUGAACUCUAUCAAAACGGCCACAGGCACACAGCCACCCCAGCAGCCUCAGCCGCCCCCGCCACCCAAAGAGGGCAGCACAUAGUUCCAGCCAGACCCGAUACAAGAGCACAAAGAACAACACAACUGAAACCCUGGAGGAUUCUUCCAGUGGUCUCUCCUCUUGGGGAAAGGACAAAAGGCAGGAGUGCAGGCUUGAAGUGAAAUUCUUCGGUGUUUUUCAUUCAUUCUGAUGUGACCCUUUUCAAAGGGGAAAAAAAAUAAUUCCUGUUUUAUGUUGAAUUCUUACUUCCCAAACUGCCUUGCUGAAAGCCACGUUCUGAUACCUUCAUACUUUUACACUUUAUUUUAUAUGACUAGAUGUUAAAUAAAUACUUC